UUUGCACACCUCUUUUUUUUUUUUUUUUUUUUUUUAAUCUUGUUUUUGUGUGAAAGCGGGAAAAGGACAACAUGCAUUCACCAAAGCGUGGAUCGACAAGCACAAGAAUGACGACAGUCGCUGGUGAUGGUGCUGCUGCUGCUGCUGCUGCUGCUGCUGCUGAUGCGUCAGCGAGCACGACUCAGCCGCGUUUCGCACAGCCGUCGCUCCAUCCCCACAUGCCGUGUCAUCGGCCGACCACCACCUCUACAACCACAGCCCCUGCCACCACAACUGCCACCACAACCGCAAUGAUGAUUGAGCAUUCACAAGCAGCGGCAGCAGCAGCAGCGACCGGGUCGUCGUCCACUACUGGCAACGAGGGAACAGAGUCUGUUGACAUGCAGCGACUCACGCCGGCUGUUUCACCCGCAGCCAGUUGUUGCACAUCACAACCGCACCCAUCGCCCAUCUCCCCUCAUCCUAACAAUAAUAAUCAUCAACAUCAUCAUCAACAUCUGCAGCAUCUGCAGCAGCAACAACAUACCGCUGUGAGCAUUGCUGAAAGACCUCCCGCGGCGGAUGCGGAUAACGUCAGCUGCGCGUCCGCCGUCACUUGCCGCAUCUGCAAGCUGACCGAGGACGAGAGCGAGCUCCCGCUCAUCCAGCCGUGCCUGUGCAAAGGAUCCGUCGGGUUUGUGCACGCAGAGUGCCUCAGGGUCUGGUUUGGCAUGGCAAACUGCUCGGCGCGAAUCACGCCGCCAGAGCAGCAGCAGGAACAAGAGCCGGAGCACGAGGACGACGACGACGACCGCUCAGCAACAAGCCAUGCUGCUGCUGCUGCUGCUGCUGCGAACGCCACGCCGUCAACCUCGUCGUCGGCAUCUACAUCGACGUACGUCUCCCCGUCGCAGUCCACGGAGCAGCUGCACCGCGUUUCAGACCACCACGUUACGGUCGUGAUCGAGUCUGCCGCUGGCACACCUGCCCCAUUGCCGAAUAAUUCGCAUUUUGGCUCGGACAGCGACAGUGCUAGCGUGGACUCUGAUUUUUCGUCAGACAGCUCGCUCGAUCUCCCCGACGCGGUCGUCUGGGACCUCGACGAGGAGGAGGAGGAAAUUGAUCCGCUCGUCUUGCUGCAAUCGCAAGAGUUUCGCUGCGAAAUCUGCCACUUCCGCUUUGGCCUCGAGUUCCACCAACGAAAGUUCAAGCAGUGGGACAAGCUCAAAUUCACAAAAGGCGAAAAGCGACAGCUCAAGGCUAACGUGGCCUGCUACGCUUUGGCUGGCUUGACCAUUGGCUGGACGACAAACACCUUCCUGCUGCCGCUCAUCUCGGACGCGGCUGAAGGCUUCAACUACUACUUUAUGGCCCUGCUUCUCAUCGUCAGCUGGAUUAUCUGGCUUACUCUCUUCAUCGUUCAUCUCCGCUUUUACAUUCGCGUCUACCGCCGAUGGAAGUUGGCCAAUCGCGACAUGCACGUUCUGUCGUACGAGGAGGCCAUCCGCUCGCGGGAAGCCCCUGCAGACGAUUCGACGGCCUGCCCUAGUAUGAACCCAACCGGCGACUCUUGCAAGAAGAUGCGGCGAGCCAGUCGCGUGAGCUGCUCGCCAUCCGAAGGCGCUGGUGUCGCAUCCAGCUCGAGCUCCUCCGCCACUCCAUACACCGCGGAGUGCGAUUCCAGUGUCAUUCCCAUGCGAGUGCUUGGUCAAUGAAAGUGCCAAGAUGGAUACUGCUGGCAAUCACGCCCUCCUUCUCCAAAAACACACACACGCACUCUCUCUUUUCUUGUUAGCUGGAUGUUCUUUUUGUCUCGUUCGUUAUUGUAUUGGAUUCUGGUCUGUGCCUGGUUUCUAGUUGUUUCUGCUUGUUGGCAUCUGGUAUGCUUGCACAAGUUGUCAUUGAUGUUGUUAACACCCUCUUCAACAAAACGGUU